GUAAGCGCCACGAUCCAAACUGUCAAACGUACAACCAAGGACAUUCCGAUUCGCCACACAAGCUCCCUGCCCCUCCGGCAGCGCCAUGCUGCAGGAACUCUCGCACAUGGACCGUAUCACCCAACUUCAAGAUGAGAUCCAACGCCUCCUGACAAUCAUGUCAAGCACUAUCGCCUACCUCACCGCCAGGUCUACAUUCCUGCAAGUCAGCGAGCAGAUACCCAUAACAAAGACUCGCAAUCCGGAUAAAUACGAUCCCCCAGAAUUAUUUGAAGCAAACAAGAACGAGCUUGUUCAGGAUCUUAUCGUAAAGGCAAAACAAAUCGAAUAUCUCAUCCAGUCAUUACCGGUCCCUGAACCAGAACAACAGCAGGCAAACCGACUUCAAGCACUGGAACAACAAAUGCAAGAUGCAAAUGAAGAAUAUAUCCAAGCGGUUGACCGUGCCAAGAACCUCCAUCGAAAAAUAUCUGAAUUUUUGAGGACCAUGUUGGACAACGCAGAUGGUCCGGUCGAACUCGUCCGCUGAUUUAGACCUGUCUUAGCGGACCAUUUGCAUGAUACGACAGAGCCCAGAUAGAUGUUGAACAUCGUUCGGCCAAUAGUUCCCUCUCAUCGUCAUCCAAAAAGGUAGUGAGAGCCGUGAAAAACGCUUCUGUACGAUGUCGAGCUACGUUGUCAACAAAGACAUGAGCCACGGUGAUCAACAGAUGGUACAACUAUAUCACGUCGUCAAUACACAUCAUGCGUUCCUACGCUAUGUAAAUAUACAAAUUGCGAUCCUCUUCGUCCCGUCUCAAAUACUCCUG